GCAAGUUUCAGACGACACAAUGUCACAAUCUGCUUCGACACUCCGCAGGGCGCAGCCUCCGCUAUCGCCUCAGGUGACAAGGACACUCUUCUUAGGAUCUCGUGAGGUUAUUUGCCUUGGACUUGAAUCAAAUCAUUGCAUAUUGAGGGCCGGCCCUACUUCAACGGCGGCGAUUCAUGACACUUGCUCACUGUCAGCAAAGCUUCAAUAAAUAAUUCAUCCACCAUGAGGGCCAACGGAACUGAAUCCACCAACGGUUCUUCAAAUCCCUAUGAAUCACAAAAUCCUCCGAUUCAGCCUCUCCGAUUGCCCACUGUUGAGGAAAUUCGGGGACAAGACAUUUGGAACAACUGUGCUGUUCGUAGCGUCGUGAGCGGUGCAAUGGGAGGUGGGCUUGGAUUGUUCAUGGGUCUCUUCCUAGGGGCACUAGACAAUCCAUUAAUGCAAGCGGAAAUGACUGGCAGACAGCAGUUUAUUUAUACUGCAAAGCAGAUGGGUAGUAGGAGCUGGAGUUCUUGCAAGACGUUUGCCGUUAUGGGCUUCAUUUUCUCAGCUACUGAAUGUGUUGUUGAGAAGGCCCGGGCAAAACAUGACAUCACAAAUACACUUGUGGCUGGAUGUGUAACUGGAGGUGCCUUAUCGGCAAGGGGUGGUCCUAAAGCAGCAUGCUUUGGCUGUGCUGGUUUUGCUGCAUUUUCAGUUCUGAUAGAGAAGUUUUUAGAGAGACACGAUUGAGCAAACAUAUACCUGAUUCAGUAUAUGCGCCUAGUGGCUAAUUUGGGAAGUUUUUUGUUUUUAUUAUUUUAUAUGUGAUGUAUACAACAUUGAAAUCACCAUCCAGUUAAAAAGGAAGCUUGCUUUGUCCCAUGGAUUAAUCCGGGCUUUCCCGGACACCCCAAGGAAAGCUUACUUGAGCGAUUCAAAGUAAACUAUGGUUGUGGAAUCUUAACCUACCUACUCUAAGAAGAUACAUCAAAUUCGAUUUGUUUGGCUUAUUGAUAAAAAAAUUAUUUCUUUUAAA